AGAUUCGAUUCCCAUGCAACCACAUUUAUGCAGCAUCCAUGCAAAGGAUCUAGUCAUGGUCAUGUAGACCCUAUUAUAUACAUACAUAUAUGAUAUACAAUAGACACUUAAACCCAUUUUUGAUAUAAACUAUCUCUCUCUCUCCACGCACAAUAUACAUAUAUAUAGACACAUUUGGAUCAAUAGAAGGAAGCACAUUGUUGAUUCAUGGAUGUUGAAAAGCUAUGGAAUCAUACAAAGAAAGAUGCCAUCUUUCAAACUACUCAUUUCUCUUCUUCUUCUAAACCCUUUUUCACAAGAAGCUUCUCCACAAAAACUUCAUCUUCUCCUUCAUCCAAAUCCCAUUUCACUAGAAGCUUCUCAACAAAACCUUCGUCGUCUUCUUGUUCUUCCGAACCCAUUUUCAGACGGAGUUUCUCCUCAAAGCCUAAAGCUUCGAAGUCUUUGAUUUUGUCUAGAAGCUGUUCCACGAAAUCUUCAGCUGAUUUCUCCUCCAAGUCUUCUCUCUCUAGAAGCUUGUCUCAGAAAGGAGCUUCGGUGACUGGAAAAUGCUUCAAAGUCGCCAAGGAGCAGAAGUCCCGCUUCUACAUAAUCAAACGCUGCGUUUUGAUGCUCGUUUGCUGGCACAAACAUUCUUGAGAUUCAUUGCAUUGGAUCCAAAUAUAGAAGAGAAUCUUUGUGGAAGCAAAAACAGUUAUUAAAUUUAUAACUAAUGAAAAGGGUAUUCCAUUGCAUUUGGUUCUGUUCUUUCGUUAAUCCUUUGUUUCUUUUUCUCUAUCAA